CGGCCAUGGAGGAGGAAGACGCGGGAGCUGCUGGCCCGGCCCCAGAGCCCGAGCCCGAGCCGGAAGCCGGCGCGUCGGACGCGUUCUCUCAACUCUGGACCGACGUGAUGGGCAUCCUGGACGGGUCACUGGGGAACAUCGAUGACCUGGCUCAGCAGUAUGCGGAUUAUUACAACACCUGCUUCUCUGACGUGUGUGAGAGGAUGGAGGAGCUGCGGAAGCGGCGUGUGUCGCAGGACCUGGAUGUGGAGAAACCCGACGCCCAUCCCACGUCACUUCAGCUGCGGUCCCAGAUCGAAGAAUCUCUUGGCUUCUGCAGCGCCGGCUCCACACCAGAAGUAGAAAGAAAGCAUCCUCUCCAUAAGUCCAUCUCAGAAGACGGCUCUGUAGGAAAAGCAGAUUGGAAGAAGAAAAAUAAGUAUUUCUGGCAGAACUUCCGAAAGAACCAAAAAGGAAUAAUGAGACAGACUUCAAAAGGAGAAGACGUGGGUUAUGUUGCCAGUGAGAUUACCAUGAGCGAUGAGGAGCGGAUUCAGCUGAUGAUGAUGGUCAAGGAGAAGAUGAUCACUAUUGAGGAGGCCCUCGCCAGGCUCAAGGAGUAUGAGGCCCAGCAUCGGCAGUCGGCUGCCCUGGACCCCGCCGACUGGCCCGAUGGUUCCUACCCAACACUCGAUGGUUCCUCCACAUGCAAUUCAAGAGAACAAUCGGAUGAUGAGACGGAAGAGUCGGUGAAAUUUAAGAGGUUACACAAGCUGGUAAACUCCACUCGAAGAGUCAGGAAGAAACUAAUCAGGGUGGAAGAAAUGAAAAAGCCCAGCACUGAAGGUGGGGACGAGCACGUGUUUGAGAGCCCCCCGGCCCUGGACGAGCGAUCCGCCCUUUACUCUGGAGUGCACAAGAAGCCGUUUUUCUUCGAUGGCGCCCCAGAAAACCCCGCCGAAGAGGACUCGGAGUGCGCCCCGGCCACGGCUCCUUCCCCGGGCAGCCUGGAGGGCGGUUGGGGCGCCGGCCGGAAGUUGGUCAAAACCUUCAGCAAAGGAGAGAGCCGGGGCCUGAUCAAACCCCCCAAGAAGAUGGGGACCUUCUUCUCCUACCCGGAGGAAGAGAAGCCCCAGAAGGUGUCCCGCUCGCUGACGGACGGGGAGAUGAAGAAGGGGCUGGGCUCGCUGAGCCACGGGAGAACCUGCAGUUUUGGGGGAUUUGACUUGACAAAUCGUUCCCUGCAUAUAGGCAUGAAUAGCUCCAAUCCGAUGGGGAAAGAAGGAGAUUUUGUGUACAAAGAAGUAAUCAAGUCACCCACUGCCUCCCGUAUUUCUCUUGGGAAAAAAGUGAAAUCGGUGAAAGAGACCAUGAGGAAGAGAAUGUCCAAAAAAUACAGCAGCAGCUCUGUCUCUGAGCAGGACUCUGGCCUGGAUGGGAUGCCUGGAUCCCCUGCCUCAGCAAAGCCAGACUCAGAACAUGUGGACAAACCCAAGCUCAAAGCUGGAGGAUCGGUAGAAAGCCUUCGGAGCUCCCUGAGUGGGCAGAGCUCCAUGAGUGGUCAGACAGUGAGCACCACCGAUUCCUCCACCAGCAACAGAGAGAGUGUCAAGUCAGAGGAUGGCGACGAUGAGGAGCUGCCCUACAGAGGCCCUUUCUGUGGACGAGCCCGGGUGCACACAGACUUCACCCCCAGCCCCUACGACACGGACUCACUCAAGCUCAAGAAAGGAGACAUCAUUGACAUAAUCAGCAAGCCGCCCAUGGGCACCUGGAUGGGCCUGUUGAACAACAAAGUGGGCACAUUCAAGUUCAUCUAUGUGGAUGUGCUCAAUGAGGAAGAGGAGAAACCCAAGCGCCCCACCAGGAGGAGGAGGAAAGGAAAACCACCCCAGCCCAAGUCUGUGGAGGAUCUCCUGGAUCGGAUUAACCUGAAAGAACACAUGCCUACUUUCCUGUUCAAUGGGUAUGAGGACCUGGAUACCUUCAAACUCCUGGAGGAGGAAGACUUGGAUGAAUUAAAUAUCAGGGACCCAGAACACAGAGCCGUUCUCUUGACAGCGGUGGAGCUACUGCAGGAAUAUGACAGUAACAGUGACCAGUCCGGGUCCCAAGAGAAGCUGCUUGUGGAUAGCCAGGGCCUGAGUGGAUGCUCCCCGCGAGACUCCGGAUGCUAUGAAGGCAGCGAGAACCUGGACAAUGGCAAGACUCCGAAAGCUGCCCUCUCGUCUGCCAAGUCGUCAACCGAGUCCAGCUUGAAGUCUUUCAGCCGGAGUCAGCUGGGCAACUACCCAACAUUGCCUUUAACCAAGUCAGCGGAGGCCCAGAAGCAGGAAGAGGACAGCAGGGGAUGCUGCGGUCCCAGCACGGAUAUCGCCAAGCACUGUGACAUGCCCUGUGGGACCGGAGCCAGUAAAAACCGGAGAAGCCUCCCCGUCUCCAUCUGUCGGAGCUGUGAGACCCUGGAGGGUCCCCAGUCCGUGGACGCGUGGCCCCGGUCCCAUUCCCUGGAUGACCUUCAAGGAGAGCCUGAUGAUGGAAAAGUUGUGCCUACCGAGGUGACAGAAUCCUCCUCUCAGAUUGUACCAGAAGUGCCACAAAAGACAGCCACGUCCCUCGCAAAGCCUCAGCCCCCGGGGCGCGAUUCUCCAGCCAACAAGGCGUUGCUACUGACCCAAAGCAAGGGAUGCUCUGAUCCCCAGAAAAUGACUCCUAAGAAACUGGACGGCUCCCCAGCGGCCACUUCCCUCGGCCCAUCACCUCCUUCGCCGCCACAGGGUUGGCCCAGAAAGGAGGCUCAGCCUCCUGCCGUUAAACCCAGUUUAGCAAGGACGUCUCUGGAGGGCCACAGGAAAGGACAUGACUUAGAAGGGACACACCACCCCUCGGGCACCAAAGAAGGGGUAGAUGCUGAGCAGAGGGGUCCUGAGGCAAGGACGCAGCCAAAACAUCCGUCCCAGCCCCCACCCGUCCCUGCCAAAAAGAGCAGAGAGCGCCUAGCCAAUGGCCUCCACCCGGCUCCCCCAGGCCCUGACGCCCCCUGCCUGCCCAUGAAGAAGGCCAGCCCUGCCAGCCCCGCCGACUGCCCGCUGGCAUCCAGGCUGCCCCUACCCCCCUGGCUCUCCGAGCUCCCUGAAAGCACCAGCCUACAGGAGCACGGCGUGAAGCUGGGCCCCGCACUGAGCAGAAAGGUGUCCUGCACCCGGGCCGUGGACCUGGAGACGCUCACGGAGAACAAGCUGCAGGCUGAGGGCAUCGACCUCACCGAGGAGCCCUACUCGGACAAGCAUGGCCGCUGUGGGAUUCCUGAAGCCUUGGUGCAGAGAUACGCAGAGGACUUAGAUCAGCCCGAGAGGGACAUCGCCUACAACAUGGACCAGAUCCGGGUGAAGCUGCUACGCAAGCAGCACCGCAUGGCGAUCCCAAGUGGCGGGCUCACAGAAAUCUGCAAAAAGCCCCUGUCUCCGGGCUGCAUCACGUCGGUGUCGGAUUGGCUCACCUCCAUCGGCCUGCCCAUGUAUGCCAGCAUGUUGUCUGACGCGGGGCUCAGCAUGCUGAGCCAGGUGCCUUCCCUGUCCCAUACUUGCCUUCAGGAGGCCGGCAUCACCGAGGAGCGCCACGUGAGGAAGCUCCUGUCCGCAGCCAGACUCUUCAAACUGCCACCCAGCCCAGAGGCCAUGUAGCCAGCCCAGCGAUGCACCGACCUGGACAAGAGCCAGCCCUUCACUGUGCUUACAAUGCCCACGCCGCUCCCCCAUCCCUGGCAGGCUGAUUCGGAUCCCGAAGAAAGGCCCCGCGUGUGGCCCAUGGAAUGACACAUCUGGACAAAGGACGGAGGCCCUUCUCCUCCAGGAGAGCCCUCUCAAGGAAAUCGCUGGGGUUCUCAAUGACCCCCCUCGCCAAGGGCAAGACAAGCACUUCAUUUUAUUUGCAGACACACACGAACCAAGAUGCCAAGUAGGUACCAAGACCAUGCCUCCAGCCUGGCCUUGUGCUGCCGAGGAGGAGAGGAGAGGGGCCGGGUAGCCUGUUGUUUCUGAUGUGACCCUUGGCUCUUUUGUCAGUCAUGCCCACACCAGAUGGGCGUAGCCAGGCCAAAGUCACAGCCUUGGGAAUGACUGUACACCCUGGACCGUGCUCGCUCGUUGACAAGCUAAAAAGAUCUGGCUGCACCGGGAAAAUAAACAAGUCCUAUUCUCCUUUAGAUAAACAAGAGACUUUUUUAAGAAUUGCUUUCUAGCAAUCAGCUUUUAUUUGCCUUAAUAUAAGCUUUUAAGCAGAUACCUAUCUAGUGUCCACAACCCUGUAACCCUAUUCCAGGUCUUCAGCUUAAACUGCCAUCUAACAUUCCUGGGAUGUUUCUAGAAAGAAAAAAAGGGGGAAAAAAGAGCUUUUCUAAUUGUCGUGUUCUAACCAUGGCUUAUUUUGUAGGGGUGUUUAUCAGACGCGCUUUCAUGUUGGGUCUUUAACCACAAACUCAGUUAAAAAAAAGAGAGAUUAGAAAUUCACAAGUGUGUGUGUGUGUGUGUGUGUGAGAGAGAGAGAGAGAGAGACAGAGACAGAGACAGAGAGUGAGUGUGUGUAUUGAAAAGGGAAAUGGUUUCCAAGGUGAUUUUUUUAUGUUUCUUUCAUUUCUUUUUCUUACUUUGAUACUUCUUAAAAUUGAAACCAAGGUUCAUUAAAGAGCCAGAUACCCAUGUUAAGUAUGCAUAUUCUCACAGAUCUCAAUCCAUUCUGCCCUCUUCUAGUGUUCAGGGUUUAAAAUUUGCUCAGUAAUCAGCAAAUCUCGACAACCUUUAAGGUUUCUAUUACUUAAAAAAUGGAUUUUGUUUUUCCUUCACAUUCUUCUGAACACUAUUUGAAGCAUCCCUGUGGUUAUUUAGAAUAGAAGCAUUUGGAAUGCAAGACUUUGAUCAAAAGUUCUCUUCAUAGUUCACCUGGUUAUUAAAAGAAAUGCUUCCCUUGGGGGCUUGGGGGAGCUUGGCAGGGGAGUGGUUAUGUGGCUUACAAAGCUAUCUUUAACAUCUGUUUUAGAUGUCUGGAUCCAUGAUUGAGGAUCAGGACAUCCUCAGCUUGUGUGGGUGUCUUCAUGUCUUGGUGUGAAUUUUUCAAAAUAACCUGUGUUAUUAUUAUUAGUGACAUACACCUUCUAUAAGAUGCCAUGUGAAGGAGUUGUGGAGACCUACAGUACAAAGUUACAGAUCCCCGCUUUCCACUGAGCUCAUCUUUCUCCCAGUAGGGUUGUGGCACAGCCUCUCUGCAGUGGCAGUGGUGGGUGGCAGGGUCCCGGGUAGCUGCAGCUACCCAGCAGAGUGUUCUGUGGUGGAAGUAGGUGCUGUAAGACCAUCUUCUCUCCUUGCUUUUGAAAUACCUCAGCUUGACAUUCCAGCAGGUCCUGCUCACCAUGGUAGCUGAGCAAAAA